GUUCGUGUAAUAUCGCAUACGAUCGUGAGUCGUGAAAGUUCGGUCAACAUCGUGCGGUAACCGAAACAUAUGUUGGUCGUGAGAACUCGAGUAAAAUCGUACGGGGAAAGAAUCAUAGCAGUCUUGCCAUCGACCUUUAAGAAUUUUAGAGUGGCAAUCGAUACCCGUAAUGAACUGACCACUCCGGAAAAUUUACGUACGAAGAUUGUUGAGGAAUACGAGGCGCGAAAUGCAGUGUCAAACUCGAGUCAAGGUGCAAUGUACGCGAAGAAGAAGUUCGUGAAAAAGAAAUGGUGUAACGAGUCUCAUAACAAAAACGAAUCGAACAAGGAAGAUCGAACUCCGGAAAAAUCGCGCGGGAUAAAGUGUUACAAGUGUCACGAAAGGGGACACAAAGCCUUGGAGUGCAAAAACAAGAAAUCAGUGAUUCAGGACGAAUGUCAAGCUGCGAAUAAUGCCGUGAAAGAACUCUGGUGUAUUGACAGCGGGUGCACAUCGCACAUUUGUGGCGAUUUAAGCGCGUUUACAAAAAUUGAUAACGUUGAAUCGAGUAAACUGAAAUUGGCGAGUGAAGCGACAGCAAAUAUUUUGCAUAAAGGAAUGGUCGAGUUCGUGACAAAUCUCAACGGAAAAAAGUGUAAUAUGAAUUUGAGUGACACAUUACAUGUUCCCGAAGUGCGAACAAAUUCAUUUCCGUAACGAA